AUGGCGGCUGUGACUGGAAGUGUCGUGAUCGUGCAGAGCAUAGCGCAGUUUGACGAGGCGACGGCGCGCGAGUCAACAAUAUCUGUGACAUUUUUCUGGGCUGAUUUCCACGAUGCUUGUCGUCCUAAUGGACAGCUCGACGUGGUGGUGCGUCAGCUGGCGACGUUGCACCCUCGCAUUCGUUUUUUUAAAGUAGCAGCUGAGGAGCUUCCCGAACUCUCGGAGCGAUUUCAAAUCGAAGUCGUCCCUACUUUUGUCAUUGCACAGGGUCGUUCUGUACUGGAUAAGCUUGAAAAUGCUAAUGUGGCGGAUCUGGCGAAACGCGUAGAUGUGUUGAGCAAGAGUGUGGUUCAGAACUCUACUCUUGCUGCCACAACAAAGGAACCUGCGAAAGCAUUGGAUGAGGCACUACAGUAUCGUUUACAAAAGCUUAUUAGUGCAUCUCCUGUUAUGCUCUUUAUGAAAGGCAAUCCGAGUGAGCCUAAGUGCGGCUUUAGUCGUCAAAUUGUAGCACUAUUGAAUGACGAAAAGAUUCAAUUUGGUUCAUUUGACAUUCUUAAUGACGAUCAAGUGCGUCAAGGAUUAAAGGAAUAUUCAAACUGGCCGACAUAUCCACAGCUAUAUGUAAAUGGUAAACUUGUUGGUGGAUUGGAUAUAUUGAACGAAAUGAAGUCGGAAGGAUCGAUUGCUGAACAGUUAAAACUCAAGAAGAAUGUAGAGGAAGCGGAGGCUGCGUUUGAAGAAGGGUUACGUGCACUUGUGAACUCAGCGCCUGUUCUGCUUUUUAUGAAAGGCACACCGUCCGAACCAAAGUGCGGCUUUAGUCAAAAGACCGUCAAGUUGCUACGUGAACAUGAAAUCGCCUUUAGCUCGUUUGACAUUUUAAGUGAUGACCAAGUGCGUCAGGGACUUAAAAAGUUCUCGAAUUGGCCGACAUACCCACAAUUAUAUGUGAAAGGAAAGCUUAUUGGUGGUCUUGACAUCCUUAACGAAAUGGCAGAAGAUGGCGACCUGAGUGAACAACUUGGUGUAGAUAAAAAGACGAAAAAGGAAAACAAGUACCACCAACUAAUUAAUCGCGCACGUGUCAUGAUCUUUAUUAAAGGAACACCAAAGCAACCGCAGUGUGGAUUCAGCCGGAAGCUUGUCGAAAUUCUUGAUACGGAAGGUUUUAAGUAUGACUACUUUGAUAUUCUAUCGGAUGAUAGCAUCCGUCAGGGAUUGAAAAAGUAUUCAAACUGGCCCACGUUUCCUCAACUUUAUGUCAAUGGUGAAUUGAUCGGCGGUCUGGAUAUUGUGCAACAAUUGCAGGAAGAUGGCGAAUUGGAAGAGCUCAAGGAAUAA